AUGCACGGGGUCAACGACCCUCCUCUCUUUAUAAAAGAUAUUAAGGCCGGACUGAAAAACUUAAAUGUCGUCUUUAUUGUGCUGGAGAUAGGACGCGUGACCAAAACCAAAGACGGCCACAAAGUGAGAUCGUGCAAAGUAGCAGACAAAACGAGCAGCAUCACUAUUUCCGUGUGGGAUGAGAUCGGAGCUCUUAUACAGACAGGGGAUAUUAUUCGGUUGACCCUAGGGUAUGCCUCCAUGUGGAAAGGAUGUCUGACACUUGAUACUGGAAGGGAUAGUGAGCUUCAAAAAAUUGGAGAAUUUUGUAUGGCUUAUUCAGAAGUGCCAAAUUUCAGCGAGCCUAACCCAGAUUAUCGAGGACAGCAGAACAAAGGGGCACAAAAUGAACAGAAAAAUAAUAAGAAUACAGGUACACUUGGACUAGUAGGAAAUGGUGUUCAAGCUAGCCCUGAAUCAAGUGGAUACCAUCUUUCAUAUGCUCGUAGAAGCAAGGGCCGGUGUCCUGUCAAUCCACAGCUACCUGAAGCAGCUAGUAAUCAAACAGUCCCGUCCACAAUGAGUAAUGGCAGGGAUACUCGGCGAGCCUUUAAAAGACGACCUAAGCCAAAUAGUCACAUGUAG